CGAGUUAAAUUUCAUCUGUGCAAGAAUUCUAUUGUCUCACAAUUCUUAAGAACAACAUGUAUUGAUUGUAGGAAAAUGAGCAACCGAAAAAAGGGCCACACUCAUACAUACAUACAUACAUACAGACGACGUAUACAAGACAUUAAAUGUUCGUUGGACGAAUGUUCGUGCGUUGAGACGCGUGAAUGCUAAACAGAGUCAGAAGAAUGGAAAGCAGUUUUAUUUCGACAACAAACAAUACAAUACAACCGAGAGCGUUCUCUUCACCGUUUUUGUGCAAAAAAAGUUCAAUCCAAACACACAUACACAACAUCUUUAGUAUUGAGUGAAUGCAAAUUUCGUGUCUUCAGAGUUAUUUCAUUUCUCCACCACUCACCAUAUGUGCUGUUCAGCAGCCACGGAUAUUUUUACAUGAAAUCUUAGUUUUUUUUCUUCAAACUAUACACCAACUACAUUUGGUGUAUGCAAUGUACACGAUUAAAGGCGAAAAUGGAAUGUGAAAUAGAGUAUACAAAACGAGAAACGAGUGACAAGAAAAUUUAAGGAAAAAUGCACAGAUUUAAAGAAUAUAUGCAGGCAGUAGACGGUACUAAGUGAGCCUAAAAAGAGCAAGUAUUUUGAUGCAGCUUACAAAGCGUCAAAUUUGUACUUAUUUUCCAUCGUGCAGUGUACCAUGAACCAUCGAUACUUUUUCUUUCAAUGCAGCAGUCGCAUUGCCUGAAAUGCGAUUAUGUUACACAUGUAGAAAUUAUGCAUAUAUGCAUUAAGCAAUGUGAACAUUUUUGUGUCGCUGCUAUAUUUGCAAGUGCUAAUUGCCAAUAGAAGUGUUUCAAUAUGUGAUGUGAUGAUAUAGUUGUGACAGAAAUACGAAACAUUGAACCCAACCAAAAUUUUGUGGUCCGUCAUGAACGCGCUGUGCAAAUUAAAUAAACAUCGAAACUGAAAUCAAAAUAUUUGUGAUAUUUGUGUUUAAAUUCAAUUCCAAUUUUAAUUAGCGACACAAUGUCGACCAACGCCACAGCUAAUGAAAUCGAUGAAUUUCUCAAUGGAGCUUUAAUCACAUGGCUGGAGUCAUGUCUGCCACGGCCCGAACUUUUAAAUGGCUAUCAGUCGUUAUUCGAUGCAUCAAUUUUUCAUGCCGUCUGGCAAAAUAUAGAUCCGGAGCCUCAGUUCUAUCCACAACAUUUAACAGACUUAGAUGAAGCCACAGUACCGAUUGUUCGAGCCAAAAACUUCGAUAAUAUUAUUCGCAACAUGCGAUCGCUGUACGAGGAAGAACUGGGUCAGACAAUACUUGUAGUUCCGGACUGCAUGACAUUAGGUCACGCACCAGAAUCAACAGCUGGACUAGAUCAAAUGAAAUUACUAUUUACAUUGCUUCUCGGUGCUGCGGUUCAAUGCCCCAAUAAGCAGUUUUUCAUCGCGCGUAUCAAAGAACUUGCUGUUGAUACACAACAUGCCAUAGUUGACGUCAUCAAACUUGUGACAGAUUCGCAAACAUUGGUUCUCAAUACGGACACCGUAGAUAGUGAUCGACGUUACAACUUGAGUGUUGAUCAUUUGAUUGAUCUUGUUGUUCGAAUUGCUCGUGAGCGUGACAAAUACCACACUGAUUGGAUAACACAGGUGACACCAAAUCCCAACGAUGCUAAGUUUUCAACGUCGGAAGCCACUACGAAUCAAACAGCCGCUAUCAAUAGUGACCAAAAUCAUUUGGCCGUUGAACUUGCCGACUUAAAGUCAAAGUUAAGAAAACUGCGUCAGGACCUAGAUGAAAAAACGGAUGCAUAUCUUCAAGCGAAAGAAGAACUAGAACAUAAAAAUAGUCAAUAUGAAAAAUUACGUCGUGAUACACAAGAAUGGUAUACCGAAUCUUGCCGGGCUGCUGCAUAUCGUGACGAAGUAGAUGUUCUGCGGGAGCGUGCUGAUCGAGCAGAUCAAUUAGAAUUGGAAAUGCAGCGAAUACGUGAAAAACUGAGCGAUGCUGACUUUUUCAAAACACGUGCCGAAGAGCUGCGUGAAGACAAUCGCAUGCUGCAAAAAACAAAAGAAAUGUUGGAAGAUCAAUUGACACAGUCUCGAAAGCGAUUCGAACAAUCAAUGACGCUGGAAUCGGAGAUAAUUAAAUACAAGCAAAAGUUAAAUGACAUGGCCUUGGAACGCGAUGCCGAUCGUGGAAAAUUACAGGAAUUGCUCGACGAAAACACGCAGCUUCAACUUGCAAUGAAGUCUUUGAAUAAACUAUCGGACGUUGACAAGCUGAAGAGUGAAGAGCAUGAUAAUGAUGGUCCAGUCGGUGAUAACAGUUUGUCGGAGCAAUUAACCAACAAUGCACAGACACGUGCCAUCAAGUUAGAAUUGGAAAACCGCCGAUUACAAUCAGCUCUCGAUGCUAUGCAAGAGACAAAUUUCCAAGAAACGGCCAACAAAAUAUUAGAGCUUGAAAAAGAGAAGAAAAUGCUCACCCUUAAAUUGGAACAAAUGCAAGAGAAUUGUAAUCGAUUUUCGCAGCAAAAUCAAGAGCUUGAAGAAAUGUUUAAAAAUGCACUCGAAGAGAAUAAGAAACUCCAAGAUGCAAUCGACAAUCGACAACAAACCACCGAGCGUCAAAUGCAAGACAAAGAACUUGACCGACUUAAGCAAGAGGCGCUCGAAAAACAGGUGGAAACAUUGACAAAAGAAAAACAACGCAUUCAUAACUUGAGUGUGAGCAUUCAGCGGCGUGCUGAUGACCUAGAACGUUUUCUGGACACGAAGAAAAAAGAACUGGAAUCAACACUACCAAAAGCAGAGGCAUGUGAUCGAUUUGAAAUCGAAACCCUGGAUUUGAAGGAGCGAAUCAGUGGCCUGGAGAAGGAGAAUGCAAAUCUAUUAAAGGAUUUGAACAAAUUUAAGGCGACAUUGGAGACAAAGGAAGUGCAACUGGAUGAAAAUAGUGCCCAAUUGCUUUUGCAAAUAAAUGAAAUCGAAACGCUGCGCAAGCAACUAUCUGCCGCUCAAAAUGAGUGUGCCAAAAUUCAGGAUCUCGAAAGUAAAAACAAUGAAUUUGUGACACAGCUCAAAAUGAAAGAUGAAACGCUUUCCACACUACAAAAUGAUCUGAUUGCAAAAAAUGUGCUUGUUUCGAAAAUUCAAAAAGAUCUCGAAAAAUUGAACAUUAAUUGGCCAACAAAUGAUGAGGAGAUGGUCGAUUUGAGUGUGGAAAAUGUUCUUGAGAAGCUGUUGAUCAAUGUAGAAAAUUGGAAGGUGCUGCGUGAGAUAGUCGGUCGUGACGGUGGCACAAGCGAUGACGGUAGCUCGGCCUGCAUUCUCUGCCAGAAGAAUGUUGAUGUUGUGGCCACCGAACGCGAAGCCGAUUUGGUGCACCAAACCGAAGAAGUUCUAUCAUCUGUUUCAGCCGAGUGGAAGGCGCAGUGUGACCAAUUGGCAGCUGCAAAUGCUGAACUUCAAGCGACUAAUGACAUUCUUAAUCAGGACUUGAUCAAACAUCAAGUAGAUAUUUCAACGCUCGGCUCACAAGUGACGUCAUUAAAUACACAACACGUCGCUUUGCAGCUGGCCAACUCGCAGUUGGCUUCCGAAAAAGACGCACUUGUCAAGCAAAUGGAAACAAUCGAGUCGCAACAUAAAUCAUUGUUGGCAGAUCAAAAGCAAAUGCAAACGCUGCACGAACAACUAAGCAUCGAAUAUGAAGCAUUGAACAAGGAACAUAAGAAACUCAAGGAGUCGCUACGUGAUGUACGUCACGAUAACCGAAACUUUCACGAUCAAGAACUAAAUCUAAAACAUCAAAUCAGCGAUUUGCAAGCAAAACUUCUUACGAUCAAAAAGGAAAACGAAGCCUAUAGCAAUUUGCGUUCGGAGCACUCCAAACUGAAAGAUGACUUCCGCAGCCUGUUUACCACCAAUGAUCGCGUCAAAAAUGAAUACAAGAGCAUUCAGGAACAAUACAAGAUUUUGCGAACAGAAAAUGCAAAACUCAACCUUCAGAACACUGAACUGAAUGGUGAACUCAGCAUUCGAAUAGAUCAGGCCAAGGCACUAGAGAUUGAGCUCACUAAAGAGGCAAACCGUUGUGAGAUGCUUGUUCAGAUGAAUGCAAGUCUUGAUAUUGAUCGUCGGGCUUUAAUGGAUCAUGUGUCACAACUCCUUGCUCAAUACCACGAGCUUUUGGGUCAUUCUUUGGACGACAAGCAACAUUAUCAUGAUGAAGAGAAGCUAUUUACGGACAAAGUCAAUCAUUUGCAUAGACAGAAAGAGAAAUUGGAGGAAAAAAUUAUGGAGUUUUAUCGAAAAAUUGACAGCAAUCAAAAAAAGAAACCGUUCGGCAGUGGUGUUCUGAGACGAGUGAAGAAGGCUGGUACUGACCUUAUGAAUAAAGUACCGACAAAAAGUAAUCGACGAUCAUGGUUAGACGAAUCACGUCUGACACAGUCACAAUUCACUCUCGGCUUUGAUUCGGGAGGUAAUGAGUCAGAUAACAGCGGUGAGGAGCCACAUUCAACCGCUUCGGAUUCAAAUUUGUUAAAGAAAGAGACACACAUUACUAUACAACGGAAAGCAGUAAGUGAUCAGCAUAACGAUACUAUUUCCAAUCGAGUUUCAUCUCCAGCAAACAAUUAUCAACCAAUAGUUCGAGAAGAUUUGAUGCGAACGUCUCGCAACACAUUGCCAGGGAGGAUUGAGCCACCUGAUGUCACCGGCAGCAGCUUAACUUUGGCUGCAGCCGGUAGUCGACGAACCGUUUAUGUGGUUGAUGAAAAUUCCAUACCGGAUACAACAACCCAAACAGACCCCGAGUUGAUAUCAUCACACGCAACAAACAAUAGGAAUACAUCGAUCAGCAACAACAAUUCGAGCAUCAGUAGCAACAGCAACAGCAACAGCAACAGCAAUAACAAUAAUCAUUCAUCGUCCCAUGAUCAAACUCCAUCUACGUUUUUGAUGUACAAUCGUAUCUCAAACGUUAUUGGCGAUCCAAAAAUAGUCGGAUCGUCCAAUAGUCAGCAAUCACCAAACAAUUCAGUCCUUAACGAUAACAACGCAAGCAAUGGAAAUGGUGGAAAAGACAAAAAGAAAAACGAUGACCACGUUUGGUAUGAGUACGGGUGCGUUUAGAGCUAUAACAAUCACCAACGCCUUCAAUUAUUGAUAAAUCUUUUAAGUGGAACAAAAAGUGCAUUUAAUCGUGUGAAAAAGUUAGUUGUUAAGUUCAUUUUUAAAACAUCAAUUCCAUCAAUGCUUUCUUCCUUGCUUCUAAUAUCUUUUGUGCAUAAGUCGUCACUUCUCAGAAUAACUUACUCAUACACACUUCCCACAUUAUUGCCAGUAAAGAAAUAAGUAUUAUUUAAUUUUUAUAUUGAAAAUGGCCUCGAGAAAAUUCUGGAAAUAAAUGCGGGCAAUACGUUUCAAAUUUUACCAAA